GACGUGGAUGGGCGGAUAGACACUUGGCUCUAGUCGGUGUCGCAGUGGGCUGUGGGCGGGGCCUGGUGACAGCUGUUUCCUGGUGUGGGCCGCACGUGGUUACCGAGGAGAGGUUUCUGGGAGCCGGUUGGUGUCAGUGAGCCUGCAGACCGCCAUGUCCGCUAUCCACACGGCCCCCGUGUUCCGGGAGAUCAGCGCUGACGAUGAGGAGCAGCAGCCGACAGAGAUAGAAUCCCUCUGUAUGAACUGCUACAAGAACGUGAGAUACAGAGCAUGGGGAGAGAGAGAGACAGAGAGAGAGAGAGAGAGAGAGAGAGAGAGAGAAUCCCUCUGUAUGAACUGCUACAAGAACGUGAGAGACAGAGAGAGAGAGAGAGAGAGAGAGAGAUAGAGAGAGAUAGAAUCCCUCUGUAUGAACUGCUACAAGAACGUGAGAGACAGAGCAUGGGGAGAGAGAGAGAGAGAGAGAGAGAGAGAGAGAGAGAGAGAGAGAGUCCCUCUGUAUGAACUGCUACAAGAACGUGAGAUACAGAGCAUGGGGAGAGAGAGAGAGAGAGAAUCCCUCUGUAUGAACUGCUACAAGAACGUGAGAGACAGAGCAUGGGGAGAAAGAGAGAGAGAGAGAGAGAGAGAGAGAGAAUCCCUCUGUAUGAACUGCUACAAGAACGUGAGAGACAGACAGACAGAGAGAGAGAGAGAGAGAGAUAGAAUCCCUCUGUAUGAACUGCUACAAGAACGUGAGAGACAGAGAGAGAGAGAGAGAGAUAGAAUCCCUCUGUAUGAACUGCUACAAGAACGUGAGAGAGAGAGAGAGAGAGAAUCCCUCUGUAUGAACUGCUACAAGAACGUGAGAGAGAGAGAGAGAAUCCCUCUGUAUGAACUGCUACAAGAACGUGAGAGACAGAGAGAGAGAACUGUACAGGGGUGAAGAGAGAAGAGAAGAAUCCCUCUGUAUGAACUGCUACAGAACGUGGAGACAAGAGAAUCCCUCUGUAUGAACUGCUACAAGAACGUGAGGAAGAGAGAGAGAAAACAUGAACUGCUAGAACGUGAGAGACAGAGAGAGAGAGAAUCCCUCUGUAUGAACUGCUACAAGAAUUGAGAACAAGAGAGAAUCCCUCUGUAUGAACUGCUACAAGAAGCGUUGAUGAAGAGAGAGAGAGAGAAUCCUCUGUAUGAACUGCUACAAGAACGUGAGAGACAGACAGAAGAGAGAUAGAAUCCUCUGUAUGAACUGCUAUAAAUCUGUAUGAGACUGCUGCAAGAUCGUGAGAGACAGGGAUGGGAGCUAGAGAGAGAGAGAGAAUCCUCUGUAUGAACUGCUACUGAGACAGAGCAUGGGGAGCUAGAGAGAGUAAUCCCUCUAUGAACUGCUACAAAACGUGAGACAGAGCAUGGGGAGCUAGAAAAGAGAGAGAGAGAGAUAAUCCCUCUGUAUGAACUUGCUACAAGAGCAGAGACAGAGCAUGGGGAGCUAGAGAGAGAGAGAGAGAGAGAGAGAGAGAGAUAAUCCCUCUGUAUGAACUGCUACAAGAACGUGAGAGACAGAGCAUGGGGAGCUAGAAAAAAGAGAGAGAGAGAGAUAAUCCCUCUGUAUGAACUGCUACAAGAACGUGAGAGACAGAGCAUGGGGAGCUAGAGAGAGAGAGAGAGAGAGAGAGAGAGAGAGAAUCCCUCUGUAUGAACUGCUACAAGAACGUGAGAGACAGAGAGAGAGAGAAAGAAUCCCUCUGUAUGAACUGCUACAAGAACGUGAGAGACAGAGAGAGAGAGAGAGAGACAGACAGACAGAUAGAAUCCCUCUGUAUGAACUGCUACAAGAACGUGAGAGACAGAGAGAGAGAGAGACAGACAGACAGAUAGAAUCCCUCUGUAUGAACUGCUACAAGAACGUGAGACACACAGAGAGAGAGAGACAGACAGAUAGAAUCCCUCUGUAUGAACUGCUACAAGAACGUGAGAUACAGAGAGAUAGAGAGAGAGAGAGAGAAUCCCUCUGUAUGAACUGCUACAAGAACAUGAGAGACAGAGACAGAGCAUGGGGAGCUAGAGAGAGAGAGACAGACAGAGAGAGGGCAUGGGGAGCUAGAGAGAGAGAGACAGAGAUAGAAUCCCUCUGUAUGAACUGCUACAAGAACGUGAGAUACAGAGCAUGGGGAGAGAGAGGGAGAGAGAAUCCCUCUGUAUGAACUGCUACAAGAACGUGAGAUACAGAGCAUGGGGAGAGAGAGGGAGAGAGAGAAUCCCUCUGUAUGAACUGCUACAAGAACGUGAGAGACAGAGCAUGGAGAGAGAGAGAAAGAGGGCAUGGGGAGCUCAGAGAGAGAGAGUAUGGGGCAUGGGGAGCUCAAAGAGAGAGAGAGUAUGAGGCAUGGGGAGCUCAGAGAGAGAGAGAGUAUGGGGCAUGGGGAGCUCAAAGAGAGAGAGAGUAUGGGGCAUGGGGAGCUCAGAGAGAGAGAGAGAGUAUGGGGCAUUGGGGAGCCCAGAGAGAGAGAGAGAAGGGGCAUGGGAGCCCAGAGAGAGAGUGAGAGCAUGGGGGCAUGGGAGCCCAGAGAGAGAGUAUGGGGCAUGGGGACAGAGAGAGAGAGCAUGGGCAUGGUGGGGAGCCUGAGAGAGAGAGCAAUGGGGCAUGGUGGGGGGAGCCUGGGAGAGAGAGUAUGGGGCAUGGUGGGAGCUCAGAGAGAGAGUGGGGCAUGAUAGAGAGAGAGAGAGAGUAUGGGGCAUGGGGAGCCCAGAGAGAGAGAUGGGCAUGGUGGAGCCCAGAGAGAGAGAGAGUGAAGCAUGGGGAGCCCAGGAGAGAGAGGGCAUGGGAGGCAGAGAUGGGGUGAGAGAGAGGGCAUGGGGAGCUGAGAGAGAGAGAGGGCAUGGGACUGAGAGAGAGAGAGGGCAUGGGGGCUGAGAGAGAGAGGGCAUGGGGAGCUGAGAGAGAGAGAGGGCAUGGGGAGCUGAGAGAGAGGAGAGAGAGAGAGAGGGGGCAUGGGGAGCUGAGGAGAGAGAGAGAGAGAGAGGGGGGCGGGGAGCUGAGAGAGGGCAUGGGGAGCUGAGAGAGGCAUGGGAGCUGAGAGAGAGAGAGGGCAUGGGGAGCUGAGAGAGAGAGAGAGAGGGGGCAUGGGGAGCUGAGAGAGAGAGGGGGCAUGGGGAGCUGAGAGAGAGGGCAUGGGGAGCUGAGAGAGAGGGCAUGGGGAGCUCAGAGAGAGAUGGCAUGGUGGGGCUUUCGGGGGGACAUGGGGCAUGAUGGGGUGUUUAGGUGGCAUAAUGGAGAGCGCGGAGGGGCAGAUGUCAAUGGAGGAGGAGCCCAGGUUGACACCAGGGAACAUGGUGGGGAGUUCAGGAGGUACUGGACAUAGGAGGAGCAGAGGAUCACACCAUGGGGCAUGGUGGGGAGUUCAGGGGGUAUUGGGCAUAGGAGGAGCAGAGGGUGACACCUGGGGCAUGGCGGGGAGUUUGGGGGGUAUUGGGCAUAGGAGGAGCAGAGGGUGACACCUGGGGCAUGGCGGGGAGUUUGGGGGGUAUUGGACAUAGGAGCAGCAGAGGGUGACACUCAGGAUAUUGGUGGGGAGAGCAGGGGCAGUGUAGGGAUUGCAAGGCAGGAGGUGGCGUGGUGGGGAGCAAGGGACAGAGGAGGAGUCCAGGGUGAAGGCAGCGGGCAUGGUGGUAAGACCAAUGGGCAGUAUAGGGAGCACGGGUCUGCAUGAUUUUCUCCCUGAAGCGUAUUAAUUCUUCAUAUUGCAGUGCUGCAAUUUACAAAUGCUUCCCAUCACAGUAUUUAUUGGUGAUUGAUAUGGUGCUAUAAUGUGAGUGAACAGAGGAAUGUAUUUAUUUCAUUCAGUCAUGUGCUUUACUCUUUCUUUAAUCUAGGGGAUGACUCGAAUUCUUCUUACCAGAGUUCCAUUUUUCAAAGAGAUCAUUGUCAGUUCAUUCACAUGUGAGGAAUGUUCCUGGAGCAACACAGAAGUCCAGUCAGCUGGUCGUAUUCAGGAGCAAGGUGUUCGAUACUCACUGAGUGUUAGAAACAAACGGGUGAGUCGGUGUGAGUGAGUAGAAAUGCUAAUUGUAAUGUUUGGUUUAAUCACUUUUUUAUUUUUUUUAUUUUUUUAUUAAAGAGUUACUCCAAGCACCAUGACCAUAACCACAUCAUGGUGCCUGGAGUCUGUAUGUGCAUCGUUUUGCUAUGAAAUGCUGCACAUACUGAGCUUUAGGAAACUAGCGUCACCAGAACAACUACAGCUUAUUGUAUUUAUUCAGGUGAGUAGAAUCAUUCCCUUCAGGCUUUGUAAACACUGUCUUUUUAGAAAAAAAAUGCUGUUUACAUUACAGCCUAGUGAUUACUCCAGUGGCCACUCCUCAGAUGGCGGCUUGAUGUGAUUCCUGGUGCAGUGCUGCACAGUAUGCAGCACUGCCAUUGUCUCCUCCCUCUGCAUACAGACACUGAACUUUCCUCCUAGAGAUGCAUUGAUUCAAUACAUCUCUAUGAGGAGGUGCUGAUUGGCCAGGACUGUGUUUGGCUUGUGCUGGCUCUGCCUCUGAUCUGCCUCCUUGACAGUCUCAGCCAAUCCAAUAUGAAAGCAUUGUGAUUGGCUCAGAGAAUCACAUCUGAUGAUGUCAGCCAAGCAGACAGAUCAUAGGCAGCAGCUGCAGACUUGAAUGCCAGUAAGAUUUUACUAUCUUUAGGGAGGUCAGGGGGUCAAGAUAGUGGUUUUAAGACUAUAAAGUCAGGAAUACAUGUUUGUGUUCCUUUAACUCCUUUGUUACCAUAGGUGUAUCUCCAGCAACGUCAUUGUGGUGUCCUAAGGCAAUCUGGAACAAGAGUUCUGACUUGGCUAAUUUGUUAUUUUCAUAUUUCUAGGCACAGUGUUGCAUUCAUUGGAUGAGAGAGGUCAGCUGAUUCUUUCAGCCAAUAAAUAACAUUGGCAUCCGGUUUCUGCAGUUCUGUAAAAGCCGAAUCCACAUCACCAGACCUGCAAGGAUCCUGUGCGCCAGGAGGGGACCCAGUCGUCCAGCGUACUCUUGGCAUUAUAACCACUGUAGCGUGCUGUAGUGCUUAUGAUGCGUGGAGUUAACCUUUUAAUAGAAGAGAAUAUUGACUCAUAUUAAAAAAAAAAAAAAAACAUUGUAUGUGGGAUUCCUCAAGUAGUGUUUGCUGGAGAAUUAUUUUAGGCUAAGACAUGCUCAUGGUGGGACAGACUGACAGUUUGCAUUAUUGUGUAUAUCAUGAGAACCAACACUGGAAGUACCAGUGUUGUUUCUCAGUGUUGACGCCUAGCUUAGGCAUUAUCUCACAUAUGUUCUUAUUGUUUGCGUCCCUUCACAGGAUUUGAACCGUGAGGUCGUCAAAACAGAUUAUGCAACCACACGGAUACCAGAACUAGACUUUGAAAUUCCAGCAUGCACCCAAAAAGGAGGUCUGUACAUUAGUCUAUCUAUUUCUAUGUGGGAAAAGCAUUAAAGGGACACCCCAGGCACCCAGACCACUUCUGCCCUUUGGAGUGGUCUGGGUGCCAACUUCCACUGCCAUUAACCCUGGAUCUGUAAUUUAUUGCAGUUUUCAUAAACUGCAAUAAUUACCUUGCAGGGUUAACUCCUCCUCUAGUGGCUGUCUACUAGAACUGCUACUAAAAUCCCCAUAGGAAAGCAUUGAAAAGCAUUUUCAAUGCUUUCCUAUGGAGAGGUCUAAUGCGCCUGUGCGGCAUUGCCACGUAUGCACAUUAGGUCUUCCCCGCCGGCUGACGUGGUGACUGGCAGGAGCGUGGGCGGAGGAAGAAGCAGCGACGAGGGACAUCGUCGCUGCCUCUGGUAAGUCACUGAAGGGGUUUUAACCCCUUCAGCAACCAGGGGUGGGAGGGAGAGGGGGACCUGCAGUGCCAGGAAAACGGGUUGUUUUACUGGCACUGGAGAGUCCCUUUAACGUGAAGUUGUCAAUGAUGAAUUUGGACUGAGCUAUUAUUAAAUACCAAAUACAUUAUUUAAUUUUUUUUACUUGGAUAAGAAAAAUCUCCCAAUGAGACUCGAGUUAUAUUUUUGUCUCAUUUGUUGAAGAAAGGGAGAAUAUACAAUGAUCAGCCACAACAUUAAAAUCACUGACAGGUGAAGUGAAUAACAUUGAUUAUAGCGUUACAAUGGUACCUGUCAAGGCGUGGAAUAUACUGGGCAGCAACUGAACAGUCAGUUCUUGAAUUUUAUGUAUUGGAAGCAGAAAAAUAGUCAAGAUAAAAGAUUUGAGUGACUUUGACAAGGGCCAAAUAGUGAUGGUUAGACUGUCAAAGCAUCUCUAAAACGGCAAGCUUUGUGCAGCGUUCCCGUACCUACCAAAAGUGACGCAAGAAAGGUGGACUGGUGUCAGGCUCACGGUCGCCUAAGGCACAGUCAUGCACGUGAGGAGUGAAGGCUAGCUCAUCUGGCCCCAUCACACUGAAGAGCUACUGUAGCUCAAAUUGAUGAAAAACUUAAUGCUGGCCAUGAGAAGUGUCAGAACACACAGUACACAGCAGAUUGCUGCGAAGCCACAGACCGGUCAGAGUGCCCAUUAUGACCCAUGUCCACUGCCACAAGCGCUUUCAAUUGGGACAUGAGUGUCAGAACUGGACCAUGUAGCAAUAGAUUGAGGUUGCCUGGUCUGAUGAAUCACAUGUUCCUUUUGGACUAGAUAGAUUGCCAGAGAGAUGGCAUCAGGAUGCACUGUGGAAAGAAGGCAGACCUGCAAAGGCAGUGUUAUGCUCUGGUCAAUGUUCAGCUGGGAAAUCUUGGGUCCUGGCUUUCAUGUAGAUGUUACUUUGACACAUACCACCUACCUAGAGACUGUUACAGACCAUGUACACUCUUUCAUGGCAAGGGUGUUCCCUGAUGGUAGGCUCUUUCAGCAGGAUAUUGCAUCCUGCCACACGGCAAAAAAUUGUUCAGAGGUAGUUUGAGGAUCAUAACAAAUAGUUUAUUUUUAUUGACUUGACAUUUCACAACUUGCAGGACUUAAAAAGAUCUGCUGCUAAUGUCUUUGUGUCAGCUACCACGGAACACAUUCAGAGUUCUUGUGGAGUCAAUGCCUUGAUGCAUCAGAUCGGUUUUGGCACCAUGAGUGGAGGCUACACAGUAUUAAUCUUGUGGGUGAUCAGUGUAUGUGUGUAUGUAGAUAGAUAAAUAAAAUGUGUAUUUAACAAAUUCAAAAAUUCCCAAAUCAUCCAAACAUAUAAGCCAAAGUUGAUAUUGAGUGGAGCUUACAGGAUCCUCUAUAGACCUUGUUUAUAUGCUCUUGCACAUAACUGGAUGUACAGCAGUGACUUGCCUCCUGGAAGAUAAUGCGCCAGGAGCUUAAGAAGGUCCCCGGGAAGAAAAUUAUGGCAAAAGCAGCAGCAAGGGACAGGUUACGUUCUACUGAGUCAACUGGCCACCGAACUCUAAGCGGAGAUGUCCCCUUUAUGUGUCUUUACAAAAUAUGCUAAGACCUUGAAAAUGACAGAUCCAGUUCAAGAGAAACCACUUAUUUGUUGCAUUUUGUGGUUGGCGUAUGAACAUCUCGCUCACAUUAUCUUUUUCUUACCAGCUCUCACUACAAUUGAAGGAAUCUUGGAGAGAACCAUCAUGGGUCUACAGCAGGAACAGCCCCUGCGUAGGGUAAGAAUUUGUAAACUCUAUUUAAGAUUAAUAAACAAAAAGUGCAUAAAUAGUGCAAUUUGUUAAGUACAUUUUAAAAGUUGUGUGUGAUUUGUGCUCAGUGCAGCACUUUCUGUUAAUACAAUUUAGGGUUUUGGUUUAUUAAUAUUGAGAGGUGCUUAAUUCUGUGCUGUUUGUGCAUGCCCACCUUUCAUAGUUCCAUCUGUCUAAGAGAGAAUGUUCUCAUAUUACAGGCUGAUAAUGAGCAAGUGGCAGAGAAAAUUGAUGGAUUUAUUGCAAAACUUCAGCAUUUGAAAAACGGGGAGACACCGUUCACCUUUGUAAGUAACUGUCUUGGUCUUGAUUCUGGUACUUUUUAAACUCCUCCUGCCCAAAGCUGCUCCCCCACACCCUGAUAUGGUGAGCUUAGCCAGAACAUCCUGAGACGAGUACAGACUUAAUCCCCACUGGAGGAAUAGAUGGGUUUGUGAUAUUUCUGAAGGCGCUGUAAAAUACGGCAUCCACUCAGUCUUGAUUGCAAGCUCCACCUUACAUUUUGAUCUUUUUUGUUCACCUUGUUAGGUGUGUAGAUCAUGCCUUUCUAUAUUUUCAUAUCUAAACCUCCCGGCCUGAGCUGGAUAUCUUCUUCUAUGUACCCUUCUGUGCAGAGGGGAAUGGCUUUGAGUGCCGGGAUUCCUGUAUUUGCCAAAACAGUUUGACAAAAUCCAGAGGGACUGCCCUUGUUAUCUUCUUGACCUAUAGCAGAGAUUAUCAAUGUCUGCUGAAAAUACAUUUUUGCAUAAGUGAAAUAUUUCCAGGUUUGUUUAUUUACACCAUCCUGGAACAGCCAACUUAAUGAGUUGUGUGCAUUAAAUGUCUGGUGAAUUGGAGUCACUGUUUGCUGAAUUUGUUCAGAUUCUUGAUGAUCCAUCUGGAAACAGCUUUGUGGAGAAUCCAUUUGCCCCUCAGAAGGAUGAUGCACUCACGACUGCUCAUUACAAGAGGAGCACAGACCAGGACAGAAUGUUAGGAGUUGAAGUAAGUUACUAUUGGAUCGUGUGUUUUUUUUUUUUUUCCUCCCAGCAGACCAUAUUAAACGGUCUCUUUUGAUGAAUAUGUAUUUAAAUUUUCCAAAAAAUGUAUAACUAUUUAAAAAUGUAGCACAAUAUACUGUGAAUGUAGAGUAUGCUUUCUCUAUUUUUUUUGAGUGGUUCUUUAAGAAGUGUUUGAUAUAGCGUGUUAACCCCUUAAGGACACAUGACAUGUCAUGAUUCCCUUUUAUUCCAGAAGUUUGGUCCUUACGGGGUUAAUGAGUGUAUACAGUGCCAUUCGGCUUUAUGCCAUUGUUCGUGGUCAGACUAUUUUUGAGCAGUUUGACUAAAACCGUUGUCCCCACGGCUCCCACAUCUUGUCUCCUGCUUGCCAUGAUUGCUAAUGCAGAAGUUCCAGUGCCUGAGUUGGAUGAAAGCUGGUGUGUAGAUCUCUAUAAUUUUUACAGAAAAUUAAACUGUUUGUACAAACCUCUGUUAUUUAAGACGACUCUUGAUGGCUGCAUAUAUUGGCCAUACAACAAUUGUUAAUAAGCUGUAUGGCUGAUUUAAUACUUUGGAGUUCUGAACAAAAUUAUUUCAAAAAGGAUUAUUAUUUUUUUCUCUCUUAUCCACCAGUGUUAUUGGCGAAUAGCACUUCUCACUAUUUAAACAUGCAGUGCCUAUUUUAGUUCUUCCUAACUCCUGGUUCUAGAUCCAAAAUUGGGUCCCCAAUUUCAGAACAGGCACAUCAUGUUUGGUCCACAGAUAACUGCCCACAAUAAGCUUUGUCUGUAAUGUGAAGAGGCUUUGAUACUGGGAAGCACAUAACAGCAUAGCAUUUUUCGAAAUUUAUUUUAUUAGUAUUGUUCAUGGUAUAACACUUUCAGAAUGGGUCAGUGAGCCAAAUUUUCAGUUGAAGAAUAUAUCGCCAGGCUCCCAUGUACAUAAUUUUAGUUGUUGACCAAAAAAGCUUAAGAAACGUGGCCUAUUUAAAGAUUUGAUUUACCUAUUUCUCAGGAAUAUGACACAGAGAAGCCUGGGGUUGGCCUAGAAAAGCCUGGGGUUGGCACGGAAGACCUGAAAGAUGAGGUACUCUAACAAUAUAUACACUAAUAUUCUUCACUCUGUUUAAAUAUAGGCAAACAUUACUAUGUAAGACUUUUUUAAAAUUAUAGACUGACCUAAUGACACCGAAUGUCUUGUGUGUUUUUUUUUGUUUUUUUUUGUGGGUUAAUACUCUCUAGAAAUAGCAGUUUGCUUUAUAUAGCGCUGAUCCCACAGGACAGGUUCAUGAGGUCUUGUGGAGUCCACUUGGUUCUGGAGGAGGAAGCACCUGUAGUGGCUGUCUAUAUGGCAGCUACUAGAGGUGUGUUUUAACCCUGCAAUGCAAGUAUUUUAGUUUCUACAAAAACUACAUUCCUGGGUUAGAAUGACAGGAGAACUGUACCAAGCUGUCGGGGUGACCCUAGUGGUACCUUUUUUUUUUUUCACACACUUUCUCUCAAUAUAACACAGUCAUAAUGGCAAACAUAGAUACAGAGAAAUAGACCAGAGUAGGCCUCCAGCCACAAAUGUUGUAGAAACUGACAGAAAAUACAAUAUAUAUCAGCUGGUAUACUCCACUGCAUGUCUUAAGUUUUAACACCAUGUGUGUUUUUUUUUAUUUUUUUGGAGGGCUUGUUGUUGGUUUAACUUUUUGUAUCUUCUGGCAGGUGUUGAAGUUCCAUACGAACUGUCCAGAGUGCAACGCUCCUGCAGCAACAAACAUGAAACUAGUGCGUAUCCUUCUACAUGUUUAGCUCUUUUCCUGCCAGAUACACAUCAUCAUUUGGUUAGUUGAUAAACACAGGUAGGUUAAUACUAUAUGGAGGAAAUGGUUCUGCAACUGUACCUUCACUAAAAUGAAAACCAAAAUGAACUGGGUAAACCUGUGUGUGUGUGUACUUUUGAUCCCAAAAAUGUAUACACAAUGCAAUAUUAAAUAGGUUAAAAUGGGGAGGGGGGGAAAUAUUUUAACUUUUUUCUUAGUUUUACAUUUAGUAAUCUCUACACACCAAGUACAAAUAAAGAAAACUAAGUCAAACAAGAAUCACUACUUGGUCCUGAUUAGAAACAUAGAAACAUAGAAUGUGACGGCAGAUAAGAACCAUUCGGCCCAUCUAGUCUGCCCAAUUUUCUAAAUACUUUCAUUAGUCCCUAGUCUUAUCUUAUAGUUAGGAUAGCCUUAUGCCUAUCCCACGCAUGCUUAAACUCCUUUACUGUGUUAACCUCUACCACUUCAGCUGGAAGGCUAUUCCAUGCAUCCACUACCCUCUCAGUAAAGUAAUACUUCCUGAUAUUAUUUUUAAACCUUUGUCCCUCUAAUUUAAGACUAUGUCCUCUUGUUGUGGUAGUUUUUCUUCUUUUAAAUAUAGUCUCCUCCUUUACUGUGUUGAUUCCCUUUAUAUAUUUAAAUGUUUCUAUCAUAUCCCCCCUGUCUCGUCUUUCCUCCAAGCUAUACAUGUUAAGAUCCUUUAACCUUUCCUGGUAAGUUUUAUCCCGCAAUCCAUGAACCAGUUUAGUAGCCCUUCUCUGAACCCUCUCUAAGGUAUCAAUAUCCUUCUGAAGAUACGGUCUCCAGUACUGUGUACAAUACUCCAAGUGAGGUCUCACCAGUGUUCUGUACAAUGGCAUGAGCACUUCCCUCUUUCUACUGCUAAUACCUCUCCCUAUACAACCAAGCAUUCUGCUAGCAUUUCCUGCUGCUCUAUUACAUUGUCUGCCUACCUUUAAGUCAUCAGAAAUAAUCACCCCUAAAUCCCUUUCCUCAUAUGAAACUAGUACUUUUGAUUGUUACAAUCCUAGACAUAUUAGGCAUUUUAUUUCAUUUUUAGAAGUUAUAAAACAAAUACUGCAAGAAGUGAAUUAUUUUUAAAGCUAAAACUUUGUAAAAUUUGAAAUGCUGAAAUUACAACUUUUAUAACUGUCACAGAAUCCAUAACCACUACACAAAAGUAUAUAUUUGUAGAGUAUUAUCCCUCAGGCUUUGUAACUAAGAACACUUUUGUGGCAAACCUAGCCACUUGAAGGAUGCUGGACUAUAUGUAUAAAAAGGUUGUCUGUAAUAACCGCUGUAAUGUAUGUGUAACCUUGGUUGAUAUUGUUAUGUGCAUAGAAUUCGUAUGCUAGCAGCCGAAAGCCGCUAGCAUUCAUGUGUUUCGUUUCACGAACAGCGACUUUACUGGCUGUUCGUGAACCGAAUGAGCUACCCCCUAAUAGCCCACACAUAGAGGGACGUGUGGCGCUCAUUAACCGAUUGCAACAUUGUUGCAAUCGGUAAUUAAAGACUUUCCUAGGUGGCCGUCGUUCGGCUACCGACCACGCGGCGGUCGGCCAUAUUGGAUCCUUUGUCUCACCAGCGGUGUUUGGUCGUCGAGCGCGUGGAACUGAAAACGGCUAUUCGACGGCGCGAACACCGCUGGACUUCCAGGCCGUUCAGGAGCUCCGGUCUUUCCCUAUUGUGGUUCCCCAUCGGUGUUCGGUACUUUUAGGCGAGCUCAAUGGCAAAUUGUAUUUCGUGUGGCGUUCGGUUGUUUUAGCUGGGAUCUGAGCGGUAUUCCCACGAAAUGUGCACUCAGACCCCAGCUAUCUACCGAUCGUCCAUUCGUUUAAAUAAACUGAAUAUUGUUAAAGUUAUGUAUUUAAAUGUAAAAUGCCGGUUCUGCUGCACGGAGGGAUACUCCACUUAACGGUAUAUUCCAGUGGGAGUAUCCCUCUCGUCCAGCAGUGCCUGAUGGGAGAAAUGCUCAGAAUGUUAAGUCCCCAAUGUAGUCCCCUGCUAUGUCAGUAGGGAAACCCCUUGCAUGGGGACUUGCAUAAAUACUGGAGCUGUGAAUAAAAACCUCAGUUGACUCCCAGAACUGUGUUUCGUCCGGUUACUGGGAGAUUUGGGAUAUUGCCUUACUUUUCAGCGCUUGACUGUGGAUUACCUUCUGUACCAGCGGAGAUCGUGGAAUUUAAUAUUGCAGCUCCGCUACAACUUUGACACUUUUUACUUAAUACAUUUAUCAUAAACCUAUGUCAAAUUAGUAAUUUUAUUUUUUUAACAAGUUUUAUUUUGGGGAUUUUCAUAGACUACGCAUAUCCCACGAUUUGUAUUCUUCUAUAGUUCUCGAGUACAAUGAUACCCCACAUGUACCUUUUCCCCUAAUCCUACCCCCAGUCUGUUACCUAAGCAAACCCUUAAUCCAACCCACAAUGCAACCCUUACUCUAACCUAUAAUCCCAGUCCUAAACCCACCUCUCAAGGGAUUCAGUACCGACAUCAGCAGAGGGAUUUCUCAACUCACACAGUACAGAGGUUUCUGUGAGCACUCUACAGUGUGAUUUCAGCAUGAAAGGGAGAACCAUUAUCUCUGGCCCCAGCUGACAGAGCGUACCUUCAGGGACUCCACUCCUGCUGGUACGUUUACUGCAUGACAGCCUAUGCCGUCACUUUGCAUUAAAGCCGGCACUGCAUGAUGGCAUAGACAUGAUGGAAUAGACAGUUAUGUGGUCCUUAAAGUGGUUAAAUGAGUAAUCCAUAUAUACUAGCUGUGACUAAAAAUAUUAAAUUCGAAAUACUUUAUUUUCCUCAAGUAUAUCUGCAGUACAUUCAGGCUCAUUCUAUUAGUGCUAUGGACACUAUGUGGGCAGAAAAAGGGAAUGCAUCUCCUGUGCAGGGCCGGCACAUCCAUAAGGCGGCACAGGCGGCCGCCUUAGAGAGCGCAAAUAUUCGGGUGGCCAGCAGGAGGGAAGCGCACAGCACCCGUCUCCUGCUGGUCACUUCUUGUAGCGUGGCCGAGCGCCAACCUCCAGUGCUGCGGACUGUGUGGAGGGGGCGGGGAUAUGGACGCGUCAUAUCUCUGCUCCCUCUGUAGCACACAGCGCGGCUGGCACCCAGCAGGGCCGGAGCUACCACCAGCCCUCUUUUCAUCAGCAUGGGAGGACUUCCUCCCAAGAAGACUACAGCAGAGAGCAGGAGAAGGCAGAGAGGAGGGGGGCUGGGCAGGACUAGCUCCUCCAACUACAUCAGGCAGCACUCUGGAUCCCAGGUAAGCCACCCUCCUGAACCUACAAAGUAGGAAACAGGAGAGUGGCUAGAAAAGUGUAUAUUUUGACGUGCCAGUGUGUCUGUCUGUUGGUGUCUGUCUCUGUAUGACUGUCUGUGUGUGUAUUCAAAAGGAAUAAAUGCAGGCAACACUCCAAUAGUAAGGAUGGUAUAUUUAUUGAUAGGUGAACCACACCAUAGAAAGUGCGACGUUUCGGUUCAGCAGAACCUUAUUGCAUGAGCUGAAACAUCACACUUUCUAUGGGGUGGUUCACCUAUCAAUAAAUAUACCAUCUUUACUAUUGGACUGUUGCCUGCGUUUAUUCCUUUUGAAUACUUUACUGGUGGAUCCAGCGAUGUCCGCCUGACACGGAGCAUCCACCACUGUGGAUGGCCGGAGCAUUUACAUGGUUUCAGUGUGCAGUGUGCAGGGUUCUUUGUUUGUCUGUGUAUGUAUGUCUCUGUAUGCCUUGUCUGUAUGUCUCUGUAUGACUGUCUGCAUAUGUAGGUCUCUGUAUCACUAUGUAUGUAUAUCUCUAUAUGCCUAUCUCUGUUUCUUUGUCUGUGUCUGUAUGAAUGUGUCUGAAUGUAUGUCUGUGUUUGUACGACAAUGUACCUGUAUGUGUAGAUUGUAUGACUGUUUGAUUUUGUGACUGUGUGCCUGAAUAAUUAUGUAUGUGUUCUUGUAUGGUUGUGUGUCUGUUUAUUUGUGCAUGUACGUAUUUUUGCCUGUAUCUAUGUCUAUAUAGGAGAAAAAGAGAUAGAUAGGGGCUGGGGGGAAGAAAGAGACUGACAGGAGCUGGCGGGGAAGUAAGAAAUACAUAAGAGGGGUUGUAGGAGACACACUAAAGGGGGGUGUAAGGCACAAAGGGGCCAAAUGGAUAAGACAUUCAAGAGAGUGGAUAUGCAACACUAAUGGGGGUAAGAAAUUCAAAAGGGGGGCCACGAGACGAAGAUGCAUUGUUUUAUUUUAUUUUUUUCCUUAGUUUUUGUAUCAGUACAUGUUUCCUUACAUAUAUAUUAAAGGAACACUAUAGGGUCAGGAACACAACCCACCCCCUAAAUAUAGUAAAAUCGUAAUUUUAGUAAAGUCUGCAGCUGCUGACUCUGCCCCUGAUCUGCCUGCUUGGAUGACAUAAUCAGAAGUGAUUCUCUGAGCCAAUCACAAUGUCCGACAUUCAGUGUCUCCAUCCUCUGCAUGCAGUCACACUGUGCAGCACUGCCCCAGGAAGCACAUCUAGCAGUCAUAUAAGGAGUGGCAAGUGGAGGUAUCCCUAGGCUGUAAUGUAAACACUGUAUUUUCCCUGAAAAGAGUGUGUUUACUGCAAAAUGCAUGAAGGGUAUGAGUCUACUCACCAAAACAAAUACAACAAUCUGUAGUUCUUCUGGUGACUAUAGUGUCCCUUUAAAGAUAUUUUUACAUGAGAUUUGUGUUUCUAGUUAUUUCUUGUUACUACUGAGGGUGUUGCAUGGAUACAAGGUAUUUACAGGGCGUAGGGGAGGUUCUAAUCAAAUUUUAGUUUCAGACCGAGGUUACAUUUCCCUAUGAAACCUGUAAUGCUUGACAAAAGUGUUGGAUGACUAUGUUGUGGCUUUGUAUAUAUCCACAGGUGACAUUGACUUUUUCUGCCUAUGUGGUGGCCAUAGCACAAGUAGAACCUGAAUCUACCACCGAUAAUAACAAAAAAUGAUUUACAGUGAGUCAAAUGUCUUGUUUCACAGGAAACCGCACUCACUCCCAGUGGCCACAGGUGCUCCGGAACAGGACCAACAAUCCCAACACUUCAAGGCAGCAAAAAAGAUUCCUUGGCACUCAAAGUGUGAAAGCCGCAGGCAGAUUUAUUGCAACAAAAUAGACCACAAUGUUUCGACCUACCAAGAGGUCUUUUUCAAGCUUAAAAAAGACCUCUUGGUAGGUCGAAACGUUGCUGUCUAUUUUGUUGCAAUAAAUCUGCCUGUGGCUUUCACACUUUGAGUGCCUGGGAAUUUUUUUUGCUGCCUUGUUUCACAGGAAAGCCAAAUGAACUGUAGUAUUGAAUAUUGUAACGACAGUGUUUCAGUAAAAACUGGUAUGUAGAGAAAGUGAUGGAGCAGUAACUGUAACUGCCGAUGAAUAGAUUUGGUAACCCAUUAUAUCCGGUGGAUGAGGGAGAUGUUUCUGUAUUUUGGGUGUUGUGUGUUGCAGUAGCAUUGAGCUGUCUCGUAGGCAAUCAAUCCACUUUCCUUGACUGACCCUCAGAAAUUCCACACUUCAAGGAAGUCAUCAUUAUGGCAACAAACUGUGACUGCUGCGGCCAUCGAACAAACGAGGUGAGUGUCUGUAGGCGUACACGGCGUGGCUCACUCAGAUAUGUGCAUGUUAUCAACUGGUAUGGUUUUUGCUGUGCUUCAUGCAAUAUAUUUUGAGGUAUAGAAGUUACAUUUUAUUGGUGGUUUCAAGAAAGCUGGAUGCUCUUGUCUUAAACAUAAAAGUAGACGGUCCACAUUAAUCCGUGUGAAUACGCCUUUGUGUCCUGUAGAAUUAUUUGCGGCUUGCAUUUUUGUUCUUUAUCUCUAUUGGCAAUAAAGGUGCUUCUGCAGAAUGAAUGGAGUAAUACACCACUCUAUCAAAUGUUGCAGUGUGACGUUUUGCGCAAUAGCCUCCGUAUGCCUUCCUAUGCUUUUCCUAGCAUUAGAUUGGCCAAGAUAAUUGUUCUCAAUGAUCUCAGCCAAAAAGGCAGUGUAAUGCUGUAGACCAGCGCUGUGAGGGAGGAAAGUAAAAUCACCUUUUUAACCCUGCAAACGGGGGGGCCUGAUCACCUAAACGGUGACUCAGGCAAUAUAGAGUUGGAACACAUUUGUAUUCCUAACGCUAUAGUGUUCCUUUAACAUUUAUCUAGCCCAAUAUUUAUUGGGGAGGACUUAUCUGAGAUACAACUUACUUAUGCUCAAUGGUAUAUUAAUAAAAAACCUUAAUGAUUGGCGAAAUGUGUGGGAAAAUAAAUAUUUUGGGAUUCUAGACCAGGGCUCAAAAUAUUCGCUAGCCCUCUCUCAACAGGGCAUAGUGAAAAUAGCCACUUAACUUGUGGCUACGAGCAAAUUCAGCGACUGGAUAGAGGAAAGCAGACUGCAGCUUAAUGUAUCCUUGGGACCCCAAGACCUCAACUGCUGGUGGCUCAGGCUGUGAUGUCACAUUCCUGCAGCACAAGCUCUUGGGGGAGCAGCCCUAAACGGUACUGACGGAGUAUUUGUUAAGACAAAGCACUGUGUUGCUGUUUUUUCUUUUCUGCACUGCUAUCUCUUUAGAGGCUAAAAUGUUACUGAAUAUGAUUGCUUGCUAAAUCAUACACCCACAGGUGAGCAAUGGACAUGAUUCUAUUUCGAAAAUAAGUGACUUUUAACACAGUAUUUGUGUUCUUUUGCAGGUGAAAUCAGGUGGUGCUGUUGAACCUCUUGGCACUAAAAUCACAUUGCUUAUAACAGACCCAUCUGACCUUUCUCGGGACAUUCUAAAAGUGAGUGAGUGUUAUUGUUGGCGGCAAAGCUGUCAUAUAUUGUGUGUGUGUGUGUGUGUUUUUUUUUUUUUAAACGAUACACAGUUGACAGAAAUUGACCCGUCUAUCUUAAUUUAUUUUAUUUUUUUUUAAAGUAGUCCUGCUUUAAUCUUCGAAUUUCCAAUGUUGAAAGUGACAUUUGGACCUCAGACUAAAUGAGACUAUUUCACGUAGUGUGUUAAAAGCAUGAUCGAUGAUGUGGAGUUUGCACUGAUUUUCAUACUGUGUUCUUUGUAUCCAACAGUCUGAGACUUGCAACGUUAACAUUCCAGAACUAGAAUUUGAGAUGGGAAUGGGAGCUUUGGGAGGGAAGUUCACUACUUUGGAGGGUCUCCUUAAAGAUAUUAAAGACUUGGUAAGUCAGUAUUUUAUUUUGUAUUUAUAUUUUAAUGUUUUUAUGUUUUAUUUCUGCCUCCCAUUAAUGUUGUUGUUUGAAAUACUUUUUUUGACUAUUUUUUAACAUUCCUUCAACUUUAUCAUACCUUUUCACUUUGUGUAAACUGAUUUUUUUUUACAUGUAAAUACUUUUUAAUAAUCGUGCCUGCUCUUUGUAUAUUGCGGAAUUGAUUUGAUAAGAUUGAAUAGUUUUUAUUAGGGAGAAAGUUUGAAAUAAAGAGAUGCCUUUCUGUGUAUCUCCUCUGGAUGAGGAGUCAAAUUUCCUAUCUUCUUAGUUUGGUACCUUUCAUCAAAAAAUAAAAUGGCAAUUAUUAAACUCCUGCAUUAAAUGUAGCAAAUUUAGAAACUCAAUAGCAAAAUGUAGAAAAAAGUAGCUAAUCUGGUAAAAAAAAAAAAAUCUGUUACAACUUGACUAAUUUAGCCAUUUGAAUUUCAAAAUGCUACAGUUUUAUGCAUAAACCCCUUAAAUGCUAAGCACCAAACCCACUUUAGCCAGAACCUGGUCUGUGCGUUGUUUAAUAUUGAAAUGUUACUAUAUCAGAUAUAUUUGAUAUUUUUCAAUCAGCUAGCCCAGUGGUUCCCAAACUGGGACGCCGCAACGGACGCACAGGGGCGCUGCAGGAUAUUUUCCGUGCCUCCCUCUCCCCUGUCGGCUCUGCAGGACCGGAGGGGAGAUCCAAGAUCUCCCUCUUUGGCCCACUAGCAGUGUAAUGCUGCAGCCGGCAGGGGAGAGAGGGAGGUGGGACCAGUGGGAGCUCUAACCUGCAGCUCCACUGGGUUCUCUCUCGCAAGCUCUGAGCAUUGCCGCUGUUACCAUGGCAAUGCUCAGAAUUUCGCGACAGUGAACUCUAGCAGCUCCUGAGGCUGCUACAGUUCUCUCACCACUUUGACCUCCAGGGCUUCUCCACUGGACCUCCCAGGCAAAGGUAAGCAAGGAGGGGGAUAUCAAAAUUAUUAUUUUUUUAAUUAAAAUUAAUUUACCCUCCCACCCCACAGAGACACAAUAAUUCUUCCCCCAUACCUUCACACACACACUGCUCACUAUACACACGUACUGUACCCCUCACACACACUUAACCCCACACUGCGCCCCACACACCACUGCCCCUAUCUCUUACUACAGCCCCUAUCUCUUACUAUAGCCCUAUCCUGGCAGACCACAGGUAAGUUGUCAAACUGUUCUUAAACAGUUUGAUUACUUACCAUGGUAGGGCACCACAGCACUCCUGGCACCAUAAUCACUACGGCGUGUAGUUAUUGUGCCUGGAUUGUUACAGUAUAUACUGCAGCGCUGUACAGAUAUAAAACCUAGAAAUUUUUGACUUCGAGCGCCUUGGAAAAAUAUUGAAAUAUUAAGGGCGCUUUGAACCUAAAAAGUUUUGGGAACCACUGAGCUAGCCAGAUUUCAAGGCUGGCUAUAUCAGUUUUAUUCAAGUUUUGCAAGUGACAUCUACGUGCCCAAUUUUUGCUGAUUGCUCUCUCCCUGGAGAGUCCUUUGUGUAUGACUACCAUGGCUUUGCAAAGCGUUUUACAUAGAUGUAUUUACUAAACUAUGAGUGGGCUGUCUGUCAGAUGACCACAACCUUGGUGUGGCUGCGAUCAAUUUACAGAGCUGUUGCCCUCAUUCUAAGUGAUGAAUGGACAUUGGAGAUAAAUCACAUGGGCAAUAAACACUAGUUGGGCAGAAGUUUAUAGGACGAGUUUCCUCUGGGUGUGGGAGGGCUCUGUCCGCAGCUGCUUGCAUCCUUAAUAAAAAUUAGUGAAUAAAGUAAAAUUCUAAAUGAGUUACUUUUCAUUUAUUUCUUUUUAUCUUUAAAGUGAAUUAAAAUAGGGGUAAUUUUAUCCUGUAUAUUAAAAUCGAAUUUUUAAUCCAGUGUGAAUGUCUUGAGUAAUAGAUCACAUAGAAAAUAUUUCAAACAAAAGAGAAUGAUCAAAAAUAGAAGGCGUUUCCAGAUGAAAUAUUAAAUGAAGGAAAUAUUGAUGUGCCGUUUUUCUCUCCUUAAAGGUGGUAGAUAAAAAUCCUUUCACUCUUGGUGACAGCUCCACAUGUGAAAGAAAAGUAAAACGUCAGGAAUUUGGCAAGAAGAUUGACGAGGUACGUAGUGUGUAUGAGCUUGGUAGAGUAAAUUUGUGUACUAGUAAGGAGGUCUGUGCUCGAUGGAAAAAUGUAUAUAGUUUUACUUCAAAUCUUUGUCCCAUUAGAAUGACUCUCAAAAGAAUACAUGGAAAUAAAUAAGCUGCUUUUUUUUCCAGGUAUUUGCGAGUAGUCUUGCCUCUCUUCUGUUAGAUUUAGCAUAUUCUUCCAUUGAUGGACACUCUAAGCACUGUAACCACUAAAGUCUGUGGUAGUGGUUAUGGUGUUCGGAGACUCCUGGUGGCAUCCCAUGGUCUGUGUCAAACUAUUUUUGAGCGUUUUGACACAUCCAAGGGUCUCCCGGGUGCCCCUGACUUGGACUUGCGCUCAUUAGGCUGCUAACGCGCAAGUUAUACUUCUAUAUUAGUAGUGUCAAUUGUGUCCAGAUUUGGAUGGUAUUGAUUGGCUAAGUAAAUACUUUUCCCAUGAAGAAUUCUGUAUAAGAUAAGGAUACUAUUUUCUUUUAUAGAAUGAUGUUCUAAAAAUGAAAUGUGUGAUUCAUGCCUCUGCUUCUUAUAUGAAGUAUGUGCAGCAUUCUGUAUUACAUUCUUCCUUUGUCUUGCUGCAGAUCCUCGAAGGACAGUUAAAAGCUCAUUUAAUUCUUGAUGAUCCUGCUGGCAACAGCUACCUCCAGGUAACAAACAAACCUCUUUUAAUUGUGGAGUUCCAACAGCUCUCCCGAAUAUAACCAUUCUGAGGUUUUUAGCAAAAUUUUCACUCGCCAGUUGUGAGUGGAAAUUUUGUGUGUGUGUGUAUAUUAUAAAUUUACAUGGACCUACUCUGGGGCAGAGAUGCGGUUAGCAUUCUGUUUCAUCUGCCUGGAUCCAUGUCAUGGGCGUACCAUAUCGUCUGUGAGAGUACAAACUGGCUGUGGAAGGUACUGUGACACCACGAGAUCCUCCACAGAGAAUCUAUUGAAUGUGCAGUGAGAUGUAUAAAAUGGCAAUGGAAGCUGUGAGAAGCUCUGUCCUUUCCCUCGUCACCCGAACUGUCUUGUAAGGCAAAGUAGUCCCUAGUCUGUCUUACAUCUAUUACAACCUAUAUGUUAUAUAAAAUAAAAAAAGUGAUAAUAGUGCUUUAAAUUUGUUGAAGAAAUAAUAAAUUGAUUUGUUAAAUAUAUUUUUUGACCUAGAAUGUGCAGGCAUUUAAAUUUUUUUUAAAAGCUUGGUGGACUUUUUUUAUUGUUCUGUAAUGGCAUUCUCUUUUUUUUUUUUUUCAUUCCUAUUCCUAAUGAUGACCCUGACUCGCUCUCUCCCUGCAGAAUGUUUAUGCACCAGAACAAGACCCAGAAAUGACGAUAGAAAGGUACGAGCGGACAUUUGAACAGAAUGAAGAUCUGGGAAUUAAUGACAUGAAAACCGAGGGAUAUGAAGAGAAUGGCUGUUAACCAGACAUGCUGGUGGACUCCUUACUCCUUAAUAUAAUACAGACUGAGCAUUCACGUGGUUUUCCUAGCGAGUAGUGCUUGCAGGUUAUCAGAAUAUGGGUUGGAAGAGUCUAAUUGGAACACAGGAUAACAUUUUAGUGUGAAUUUUUCAAAUGUAACAUUAUAUGGGAACAUAUAGCCGAGAAACAAUUCCUAGCAGCUACAAUCUGCUAAAAUGUUGUGUUAAGUCUAAUUCCCUACUCCUCUGGUAUUGUGGGUCUCCAAAUAGGAGAAAGCAGGGGCAAUCAUGGUAUAAAGAGCUUUACUUGUUGGCCAUCAACAGACUUGUAUUUAUCAGCCUCUAAGUUUCUAUUCAUGCUAAUCACGCUGCCUAUUGAAUGUGCGGGCUGGAUUUAUUUAGGACAGCAAUUUCUGUUAUUGAUCCUCAGACGUUAAUGCCUUAUCCCCUUUGUACAAAUUAGUUAAGAUAUAUUGAAUAGAGAGAUUGCCCUCUCAUCACACAAGAAUGAUUUAUAGACCUGCAUUUCAGGGGAUAUGGCAAUCUAGUGUGAAAACUGGUCUUUGGCUAAUUAGGGAAAAAAACAUCAAAAAUAUUUUUUUUGGGGGGGGGGGGAAUAAUUUCAAUUCAAAAUAUAUCUGCUUGCUUCACUCUAGAUAUUCUCUGUAAAAUCACAGAUCCUAGAGAUUGGGGCCAAUGUUUCUUUAUUUAAGGCCAGUAUGAGCCAAAUUUAAGUUAAUGUGAAUGCCUUUCUUAGUGUUCAUUUUAGAAAGCAAUGUAUUAUCAUUAGCAAUGCAUUUUAGGAAUCUAAAAUCCUAUUUUGAAGGAUUUAUGCUGCAGUGUAAAUUAAGAAAGAUUGUAACUAUGUAGACACAAAUUUAGCAUGUUAUACCCAGAUCAUUAAAGUUUAACGGCCAUGCAAAAGCCACAUGGUAGAAGUUUUCUAAAUAAUACAGUUUGAUCUACACUUUACUUUCAAAGCGCUAUUUAAUGUAUAUAAUUCUAUAAUUCAUUUCAUUUUAGAAUGUGGCCACAAAUGUGCCAUCUGUAAGAUAAUGCGGUUGGCUGCUUAUGUCCACCUAACUCACUGACCUGUAAUACCUAGUUUAUAAGGCUGUGCAUCUAGAAUUUGUGGAUUGCACUUUUGGAAUUGUGGGUGCCUGUAGGCAGAGCCCCCCCAACAAUUCUUAUAUUUUCUUACCUUCUGUUUGCCCUUUCUUUGGCAAUACUAGACUAAGCAAGAUCAGAACCAAAAAGUGUUGUUUUUUUUUUUUUUUUUUUGGUCCAGGUAUUUUGUGGCCGGUGCAAGGCCCACACUAAUGACUGGUGGUAGUAUAACUUAAAACCUAUGUAUUUUAUAUAAUAAAGCAGUAGAAUGCUUAAAAACCUUGGUUUGCUGUAUGUAGUCAGUCUGCUAUUGUAAUAGGACUCUUUACUGUCUGCAUCUAAUCAUGCCCCUAGACAAUAAAACAAAAGUAAGAUGUGCUUGAAUAAUAUAUUGGUGGUAGACAGGUUCUGCUUGCAGGAGCUACCAGUGUAAUAAAAGCAGGGUUUAAAGUGUCCUGUCAAUAGAAGAAACAAAAAUUGAAGCUUAAAGCAAUCUGUUUGUUAGGACUGGUAUUCAUUAUUUGUGUUUUUUUUUCUCUGAUCAAUAAACUGUUUUUCAAAUAAAAUACAAAAA